AUGUUCAUUAGCAAAAGAACGGUUUCUAUACAGUACCUUUGCAGCAACGGUGAAGAUAUGACGAAGCUAAACGUGCUGAUGGUGAUCUGUUUCGUGAUGGCCUUUCAAGGUCAAGUGUUGUUGCAACAAACCGAUCAAGCAUUUGCAUUUUCCCGACAGAAACAAUAUUACUUCAGCAACUCGUUUAAGCUCAACUGGUUUAAAGCGGUUGAAUACUGUAGGGAUCGAGGGAUGUUUCUGCUGUCGGUUCAAGAUGCCGAAGAGCGUCAAGGCGUCAUAAAUUAUCUGACCAGCACCGGGUACACCCGAACGCACAAAGAGCUGCGUGUAUGGAUAUCAGCAAAUGAUCUUGGCGAGGAAGGUGAAUUCCAUUGGGCUUCGACUGGCGGCCGGGUCAACUAUCCGAACUGGAGUGACACGGAACCGAAUGAUUUCAAAACCGACGACUGUACCGGAGAAGACUGUGUGGCUUUGGAGUAUGACGCGGAGGGUGGUUCCAAUUUCAACUAUACAUUCAACGAUCUAGCCUGCACGAAGGAGUUCCUUUUUAUUUGCGAAACAUUGCCUCAAUGA